GCUAUAAGUCCCAUCCUGUCUUUACCGUGUCUCAAUAAUAACUGUUUCUUCUUCAUCUGAUUAUUUGUGAAUAAUAUUUAUGCAUCUGGCAUUAAGCAAUGGGUCCUACCAUCAUAGCAAACAACUCUCCACCAGCAGUGAUCAAGGCAAAAUGCCAAGGGGUUGAUUGCGAAGAGGACGCUGGUACUUUGCAAUGUCCUACAUGUCUAAAACUAGGCAAAGAUGGUUUCUUCUGUUCGCAAGACUGCUUCAAGCGUAAUUGGACCCAACACAAAGCCGCACACAGCCCGGUGCAAGACGACAUGAAGAUAGGAAAUGGAUUUUAUAACCCGUUCCCUGCAUACCCCUACACCGGCACCGUUAGACCCGUCUACCCGCUUUCACCCAAACGCACCAUUCCUUCCUCUAUCAAGCGCCCUGACUGGGCAGACACGGGUGUACCGGAGGGUGAACGACGCUGUGGAACGAGGUGGUCUUUCCUGGACACCAAAGGACAGGAUGCCAUGCGCAAAGUUGGCAUACUAUCUCGUGAGGUACUGGACAUUAUCGCUGCUGAGAUUCGUCCCGGUAUCACUACAGAUUAUCUAGAUGAGGUGUGUCAUAAGGCAUGCAUAGAACGAAAUGCAUACCCCUCCCCACUUAACUACAACCGCUUCCCAAAGUCUCUGUGUACAUCUCCGAAUGAAGUCGUCUGCCACGGUAUUCCUGAUCACCGGCUCCUUCUAGAUGGCGAUAUUGUUAACCUAGACGUCUCACUGUACCACGAGGGUUAUCACGCUGAUGUGAACGAAACAUAUUAUGUAGGGGAUCGUGCUAAGGCCGACCCGGACUCGAUUCGGGUAGUUGAGACGGCGCGGGAAUGUCUCGAAGAGGCGAUCAAACUAGUGAAGCCGGGCACACCAAUAAGAGAGUUUGGAAAGGCCAUCGAAAAGCAUGCUAAGUCUAAGAACUGCUUUGUCAUCGCGAAUUGGGGAGGGCACGGAAUUAACAGCGAGUUUCAUCCUUCCCCGUGGAUACCUCACUAUGCAAAAAACAAGGCCGCAGGAGUUUGCAAGCCGGGGUUGACUUUCACCAUUGAGCCCAUACUCACACUUGGCGUCCCUCGAGACCAAUACUGGCCAGAUGAGUGGACCAAUGUGACAAUGGAUGGGAAAAGAACUGCCCAGUUUGAGCACACAUUACUCGUUACCGAGACCGGGGUCGAAAUCCUCACUGCUCGAAAUGAAACCUCUCCAGGCGGACCUAUUCCGAUGCCAACAGCAAGAACAGGGCACUGAUGACUGGCCAACAGAACUGACGUUCGUUUCGGUUGGACAGAAAUCUAUGUGGCGCGCGAAAACAAGACUUUAUUAAUUGCUUCGCCAUGCUGAUAUCGUUUCAAAUAUCUGCUCGUUAGGUACGAAGUUGCUGAGGGCCGAGUGAAGGAAAAUUAGACAGUGGUUGUAUGAAGCUGAAUAAGGAACCCCAUUAAUGAUUAGGUGAGACUAAAUGGCUACUGAAAGGGAUCUUAAGUCUGUGCGGGUUCCAUUAAGGUGUCUUAUAAUAGCAGACUAGGAUGCAUCUGCAGUGC